AUGGCGUCCAUGGAUCCGACCACCAACCUCGAGAAGGAGACGACGACGGGCACCGCCACGGGCUCUGUCAACGGCUCCCACAACAACAACAACCAUGCCGCGUCGCAGCGCUGGGACUACGGCCACAACCCGCUCGCCCACGUCCACUCGGGCCCCGACGGCCGCCUCCCCGCCUUUGGUGGUGAGUUCCAACCCGGUCUGUGGAAGUCAAAUGAGCACCGCAAGUUCGCCAACCCGGCGCCGCUGGGCCUGUCGGCUUUCGCCUUGACCACCUUCGUCCUGUCGCUCAUCAACUGCGGCGCCCGUGGCAUUUCUGAGCCCAACGUCGUGCUAUCUGUCGCCUUCGGAUAUGGCGGUCUCGUCCAGCUCCUCGCUGGCAUGUGGGAAAUGGCAGUUGGCAACACCUUCGGUGCCACUGCGCUGUCCUCGUUCGGUGGCUUCUGGAUCGCGUACGCCAUCCUGCUCACGCCCGGAUUCAACGCCCUCGGCGCGUACACCGAAGCGGCGGACGAGGCAUCGGUUCUGGGCUUCUUCCUGACGGGCUGGUUCAUCUUCACCUUCAUUCUACUGAUCUGCACCUUGCGCUCGACCGUCAUGUUCUUCCUGCUCUUCUUAACCCUUGACCUCGCCUUUCUGAUGCUGGCAUGCUCCGAGUUCGCCGCGUCCAACGGCGCCGCGGGUUCGAGCAAGACGCUGCAGCAGGCCGGCGGUGGCUUCGGUCUGCUGGCUGCGUUCCUGGCCUGGUACAAUGCCUUUGCUGGUAUUGCCGACCCCAGCAACUCGUUCUUCCUCAUCCCGGUCUUCCACUUUCCCUGGUCUGAGAAGGGCCGCGAGUCUCGUGGCAAGACUGUGCGGGAGACCGUCUAA